AUUACUCUGUCAUACAAGAUGAAAUACCACCAGAGCCUUUGAAGAUGCCACCGAGUAAACUGGAGGGGAUAUCUCUAGGCAGCUCAAAAAGUAACGAUAAGGUGAAAUUUGGAAGGACAUGCAAAAGGCAACGGGCCAGAAAGUCUGACGUUGACGAAGCAAUCAUACAAACUUCUGGUACAGAGAAAGAGAUGCGAUUCCGUUCCCAAGACACAGAAAGUCCUAUCCUGACAACUGAAUCACAAUCAACGCAGCCACGGAAACGCAUCAGAACUGAACAAGCUAAGAGCAACUACUCUACACGGAUGGAAGAUGAACCAAAACUGCUUUCUGCACGACUUCUCAGCAAAGAGGACCUGAAUGUAUUAUGGCACAAAAGCAGUGAAGAGAUUGAAGAGAAAGUACUUGCUGAAUGUGAGAAAAUCUGUGCUUUCAUCAAGACAAAGUCAGAAUCUAUUUUAUGUGUAUAUCCAGCCUAUGACAUUAAAGAUGAUAGAAAGGUACAAUUUGUAGUGUUAACAAAGGAGGAAAUCCGCUGUCCAAAGAAUAUCAAAUAUGAUGUUGUUAUGCGAUCAGUAAAUAACUGUUCUGGAGAAAGUAUGGCUAUUCAGAGUAGUAAGAAGAUCACAAGCAAUAAAUAUAGUCUCACGCCUGAAAAGAGAAAACAUAUGAGAGACGUUAUAAAUAGGAACGCUCCGGAUCUGAUGAAACGUUACAAAUAUGUGUCCGUAAUUUCCGGGAGUGGAAUACGAUCAAAGGAUUACGAUACAAAGAAACACAAGAUUAUCCCCCAGCCAUGUAUCGUGAUAUACGUUCAUACAAAAAAUAAAAUACCCUUAUCUGAAGGCAUACUUCCAAAAUUGAUAGAAAACAUUCCAGUCGAUGUGAGGGAGGGCAGUUUCCAGAACUGUAGUUUGGAUAGGUAUUGCAAGAAGCUACCAAUGGGAUGCCAGAUCACAUCUUCUGUUAAUUCGAAUAGCGUUGGAACACUGGGUGGGUUCAUAGAUCACCCACUGUAUGGUUUAUGCGGAGUUACAUGUGCGCACGUUGUUUUGAGUAAAAAUGAACUUCACGAUACAAGGAGAGAAGGAAACAAAAAAUGGGAAGAUGACAGCCACUAUGUGUACCAACCAGCAGUCAUUCGACCGAGAAACCGUGUAGGUGCGUUAAGGGAAACAGUCUACAAGCAAGGCAACGGCAGUAAACCUGGAGUUGAUCUGGCUGUUUUCCAGAUACAAGAUAGGCCUCCAGACUCUGGAAGAUUCCCUAAAGGAUCAGGUAUGCUUUACGAGACUGGGCGCAUUGAAAGAGAAAUUAAACCUUACCAAUACUGUCAAAGAGUAGUUAAAUUUGGACAAACAACCAGCAAAACAGAUGGAUUUAUAGAGUUCGAAGGCGCUGCUGUGCGGAAGAUUGAAUUUAAUGAAAGAUACCCUAUAAAUGAUGUUGAAUUUACUUACACGCUCUUUGACCAGAUUGAAAUCAGACCUCCUUUUGGCAAAGAUCUUUUCGCCGAUGGUGGAGAUUCUGGAGCCUUAGUAUUUACUACAAACGUAAGUAAGGAGCUUGCUUGCAUUGGUAUGGUUGUUGGGAACUUAAAUGUGGCAAAGGACGAUGGUUCUAUUGGGAGAGGAAACAGCAUCGUCACACCCGUAUCAGCAAUACAGGACGAACUUGGAGUUUCUGAAUUUAAAAAUUUUGUUUGGAACAGGAUUGAAAAUAUGGAAGAAAAAUUUACUAGUAUAGACAGUCGUUUAAGGAAACUAGAUAAAAUGGACAAGAGCAUAGAAAACAUGCAAAAGGAUAUAAAUACAAUUGCCAGCCGGCAUUAGAAUUCGAAAUGACUGGUGAUUAAAUGCAAAACCUAUGGCGGCGCUAAGAUAAACAAACCUUCAGAAGACACUAAACUUAAAUUGAGUCUGUACAUGAAAAGUGCAUUACCCCAGACACACCGAGCACAGGCAUGAGACUAACUUUUUUCCAUUUUGCAAGCGCUCAGAAAGUAAACUCCGUUCAUUCUCAUAUUAAGAUAAUAAGCUCAUCAAUACAGGUUAUAACACCAGUUUUUAGAAAAUAAUAGUUGUUUGUCACAUCUGUAUAUUUCUUACUCGAAAGGAGAAAGCAAAUACUAAUACUGACUGUCUUAAACCCGUUAUUUAUGACACCUUUCGAAGAAACGGGAGCAUAUUGUUUUGCACAUGUCGGUCGCGUUGGUCGGUCUGUCUGUCGGUCGGUAUGUACGUUUCUCGGUAGAGCAAAUGGUUUCCUCUCAAUAAUUGAAGAAACAACUGAUCCCAGAACAUUCGAAUUUGGUAGUUUGACUAGACUUAUAAUGUGAAUGACUCUAAUGCUUUGGGGCCUAAUAGGUCAAAGGCCAAGGUCACUGUUGCCUGAACCUAGAAAACGGUUUCUGCUCAACAACAUGAGAACUACUUGGCCUAGAACCUUUAAACCUGAUAUGAUUAUUAAGCGUAUAAAGUAAAUGACCCCUGUAUCAAAGACCAAAGUCAAAGGGUGCAAAAGCCUUGAAAACACUUUUCGCUCAAUACCUUGAAAACCACUUGACAUAGAACCCUUCACAUUUAUCAUGAUGAUUGAGUUUAUAAAAUAGCUGACUUCAGUUGGUAUAAUAUAUCUACAUUACGGAGAUCUUCAUCUAUUUGUUUUCAUCAUCUUCAUCAUGUACUUGACACAAUUCAGAUUUUCAGACUAUGCAUGCAAAUAAGUCAAACAUUUUUUCCAGCAGUUUUUAUUUUCUGUUUGUUUGUUUGUUUUUAUAUCUGUCUGUCUGUCUGUCAUGGUUUCCUGUUGAUGAAUGGAGAAUGUUUUUGCAUACAGGCGUCUUUCUUUUUAGAUAAGGUGAUUGCCUCUGGUUUGUAGAUAGCACUAUUAGUUUUGCAGUUAGUUUGUCAAAGGACAAAGGUCAUAUUGAGCCCGAGAGGUCAUCUUAGGGGGCAUGCAUGUUUUACAAACACGUCUUAUUUAUUAUAGAUUCUGUUAUCCUGUACGAAAUUAGGAACUGUUUUACAGUUGUAAAACGUCUGUAAAGACCUGUAUUUUGAAAUUAAAGCUGUAAAAGACCUGUAAGUGGGAAAUGACCAGAAAUACAAUUUAAAUUCACAGGUGUAAAACAUGCAGUUUUCAAAACUACAGCUGUAAAAAAUUACAGUUGAAAGUUGACAGCUGUAAAAUGGUCAUGUCUCAAAAUUACAGCUGUAACUUUUUUGGAGGGAAACAUGAGUAUUGUCAGCCAUCUUUAAUUCAUUUUGGCGGGGUAUAUAACUGUAGGUCACAGAAAAACCACAUCUUCUACGAGAUUGGAAUUUUAACCACAAUUAUUUACUGUUUUUUUCUGUACUAUAGUUGUAAAAGGACAUAUAUAAGUGUAUGCAUGAACUUUUUACUAAUACACUAUAUUUAAAGCUGAUAAGUUUAAAAAACAAAUAAUUACAUAAUUGUCAUAUGUUUUCAUGACAAAGUUUAUUUUGUCAGUUUUGUAGUAAAUGCUACCCUUUCUAGAGAAGUACAAUUCAUCCUAAAAUUACCCAUGCAUUCGUCCCUUAAAAUAAUGCCAUCUUUCUCCACACCUGUAACAUUUUUACAGCUCUUAGUUUUUUACAGUUGUAUCUCAUAUGCAUAAUUUGAACUGUUUUACAGUCGUUUUACAGCUGUAAACAGAAAUAUACAGCUGUAAAAUCAGUGUUAUUGUAUAAAAUCUACAGGUGUGAAUUUGAAAUAAUCAUGACUGUAAUUUUGAACAAGAAUACAGGUUUUUUACAGCUGUAAAAUUUCAUAAGGAUCUCUCGUUAUUUAAUGAAAAUACUGUCUAACAUAGGGAGAAAACAUUUUUCAGUCUUCCCUAGGAAAUAGUUUAGCAUAACAUUUGAAUCAUAUAAAUAGAAACAUGUUUGUAGAAAUAUAUACACUAGUCAAAUGUCAUAAACCACACCUUGUGUUACAUUAAAAAAACACAAUAGAAUUAUGACUUUAUUUCUCAGAUUCCAUGCUAAUUACGUUCUCAACAAUGUCCGUUCAUGUUUUGUGGCCAAUAACCAACAAAUAAUCAAUAAAUCUUAUCUCUAGUAUUGACAUUCCUUACUACUUGGAUCAUUUCUUCUAUGUCAUGUGCGUACCUCCAAUAUUUUUAUGUCUUUGUUUCGUAACAAGUUUUUCCAUCAUGUAUGAAACAAUUGGAAUAAAUUAUACAUAAGAUCGAUGCAACAGAUUCGCCCUUAACGUUACGCAUCCAUGAUUUAGACAGCGAUGUCGAAUUUUCUACGUCAGUGGUACUUGAAAACGAUUCUGAUAUUGCAAAAAAAUAGAGUUGAAUUUAGAUUAUUGUUUCCUUUUAUAUUCCCAUUCCUAGUAUGAAAGUAUGUACUUAGGAUAUUUGACAAGAGUACAUAGCAAUCUGAAAGAUAUGACUUUUUUUGUAGCAUAUAUCCAGAGAUACAAUUUAGUUUCUAGUAUGAUUUAUAUAUAAUUAUUUAUAAUAAUACAUAGUCAGAGAUUAUUGUUUUUAUAUUGCUUAACAUUUGAAAUAUAUUUGAAAUGCAUUUGCACUUAUUUAGUAAACACUCACAUAAACAAUACCUUUAAAGUGUUUCUUUUUUCCAAGUGACAAAAAAGCCGUUGGGCAUUCCCAUCAAAUUUAGUUUUUGUUCUGUUAAAAUAGUUCUAAAGAGCAAUUUUCAAUGACAUCUAUUUGCGUUAGACAACUUGAAUCAGGUCUUAGCAUAUACAUUCUACUACAAGUGGACAUCUUUCUGUUUCAAGUUGGUGAAAUUUAAGGCUUUUUAUUUUUUUUUUUUUUUUAAAUUUUGAAGCUUUUCGAUACUAAUCGGAAAUUACGAUUUAAUUUUGAAAUCGUUAUCAUAAUUAUCGGUCAUAUUUUUCUCCAUAUUUGUAGCAUAUACAUCCAGAUAUACAAUUAAGUAUCUUGUAUCUAUUAUAAUAACUUAUGUAUAUAAUCAGAGAUUAAUAUAUGAGGGUAAACUUAUAUGAUUGUUUGUUUGUUGAUAUAGCUUAUCAUUAGAAGUAUUGCUGAAAUGCCCUUGCACUUAAGUGUGCAUCUGUAUACCCCUAACAAAGAUUUAGAGUAUCUUUUAUCCCCUUGCAAAUUAUUAAUUGACGUUUAAAAUAUCCAAAUAUAGCAUAUUUUUUAUUGUUUUAUAUCAAUAAUUUCUUCAAAUGAUACCAUUAAUCUAACUUUAGAUCUACAAUACAUAUAGAAAUCGAUCCAAUAGUAUUUUUAAAAUAUUAUUAUUUGAA